AACCCUCUCUUUCUCUCUCUCUCUCUCUCUCUAAUCUUCUUCCGUUAUAUUCUCAAGAAUUAUUUAACUGUUUCUUCUUCAUCAUCUUCAUCCUUUAUAUAUAUAUAAUAUAUAUAUAUAUAUAUUCUCUCUUUGAUUUCCAAUCCCAUUUCAUAAUUUUUUUUGAAAAAUUAUUCUUUGUAAUAAUUUCGUGAGAGAAAAUACAGAGAGGGAAGGAAUCGGUUUGUGUAACGAUGCAAUCAGGUUUUACCGGCGGUGGAGCUCCGGAUUUCUAUACCGCCGGCAGAUCCAUGUCUUCCAACCCUUCUCAACAAAAUGCUUACAGAUCCCAACUCUCUGGGGGUUCUUUCAUAGAUCCUGCCGCUACUCAGAUCGCUCGUCAAAUCCCUUCUUCCCUUCUGGGAAAGCGGAAUCUUGCCGAUCUUCACUCUCACAAUCAACAUAAUCAUCACAAUCUUCCUCUCAAUAACUUGUUUCUCCGGUCUGUCAAACCCAGGGCCUUCAAUCAUCCCAUUUCUUCACUUUCUAAUUUGGAUUUUUACUCCACUAUGACUUUGCCGUCGCCGGAUGUUCAGGCUCACCGUCUUUAUGGCACGAGUUCUGGAGCGCUUCUUCAGCAGCUUCGUCAACAGCCUAACGGUGGGAUUCCGGUCAGGGAUUUGCAGAGUCUGGAGUCGGAGAAGAAGAUGAUGAACCAUCGGCUUCAGGAGUUGGAGAAAGAGCUUCUUGAGGAUAACGAUGAUGACGAUGGGAGUGACGCUGUUUCUGUGAUUACGAGCUCCAAUAGCGCAUGGUGUGAGACGAUUUAUAAUCUGAUCAGUCCGAAUCCGAGUCCCACGGCCCAGAAUCCGAGCCCGACUUCCUCUGCUUCUUCUUCUUGUUCUUCGUCUACCUCCUCCUCUGUUGCGUCUCCGGCUUCCGAUUCUUGGAAACAGUCUGUAAUCGAGGCCGCUACUGCGAUUUCCGAUGGGAAAUUAGAAGGACUUGAUGAGAUUCUUGCGCCGGUUGUUAAGAUUUCGAAUGCGAGAGGUAACUCUGUACAGAGAUUGGCAGAGUAUAUGGUUUUGGCUCUCAAAUCGCGGGUGAAUCCGGUGGAAUUUCCGCCGCCGGUGGUGGAGAUUUACGGCGAUGAGCACUCGGCAGCCACUCAGUUGCUGUAUGAUGUUUCUCCUUGCUUCAAGCUCGCUUUCAUGGCAGCGAAUCUCGCGAUUCUAGAGGCGAUUGGGGAAGAGGAUCGGAAAUUGCACGUUGUGGAUUUCGAUAUAGGAAAAGGCGGUCAGUACAUGAACCUAAUCCAUCUUCUCUCCGGUCGCCAGAAAGGGAAGGUCACCGUGAAGCUAACGGCGGUAGUGACAGAAAACGGCGGCGACGAGAGUUUAAAACUAGUCGGCGAGUCGCUGACUCAGCUCGCGAACGAACUCGGGGUUGGGUUCAAUUUCAACAUCGUGAGACACAAACUCGCUGAGUUAACACGCGAGUCCCUCGGCUGCGAGUUGGACGAAUCACUGGCCGUAAAUUUCGCAUUCAAGUUAUAUCGGAUGCCAGACGAGAGCGUGUCAACAGAAAAUCCCCGCGACGAGCUCCUCCGCCGUGUCAAGUCAUUAGCACCCACAGUGGUGACGGUAAUGGAGCAAGAAUUGAACAUGAACACCGCACCCUUCGUAGCACGGGUGACCGAGUCCUGCACCUACUACAGUUCGCUCUUUGACUCCAUCGACUCAACCGUGCAACGACAUCAUUCAGACAGGGUCAAGGUGGAAGAAGGACUCGGUCGCAAGCUAGCCAAUUCCUUAGCUUGUGAGGGUAGAGACCGAGUGGAAAGAUGCGAGGUUUCGGGGAAGUGGCGUGCCAGGAUGGGAAUGGCUGGGUUCGAAGCGAGGUCGAUGAGUCAAACGGUUGCGGAGUCGAUGAAAACCCGGCUGAGUUCAGGUUACCGAGUGAACCCAGGGUUCACCGUGAAAGAAGAAAACGGAGGAAUAUGCUUCGGUUGGAUGGGACGGACUCUUACCGUCACAACGGCGUGGCGUUAGUUAAUAACCUCACUCAUUGUUAUUGCUAUGUUUUUUUUUCUCUUUUUUUUUUUUCUUUUUUUUUAAUUUUUAAUAUUACCUAAUUUCCAAAAGUAUUAUUAAUAUCAAUAUUAAUAUUAACAUUUUCCCGAGAAAAUGGAAAGGAAAAUGCUACCGAGAGAGAGAGAGAGAGAGAAAGAGAGAGAGGGUAGUGUUUGGAUUCCAAGAAAAUUCUUGUAAUGUAAAAUUAAAAAAAAAAAAAAGAAGAAAAAAAGAAAAAGAAAAGAAGAGAAAAAAAUUGAUAAAUAUAUUUUCCUAAUUUUGGGGUGUGUGAAAGGGGAAGUUUGGUGAAGUGCCAACUUGUUGUAGUGUGGAUUCCCCUCUCAAAUUACCAAACUCAAUGGGCCCUUUUUCUUCCUAAUUCUUAUUUUUAUUAUAUCAUAUAAAAAAUAUAUUUGUGAAGGA